AUGGAAUCUCCAGUUCCAUCAAGUUUAUUCCGUAGAAAGAAGGAUAAUAGACGUGGUAUCACGUAUACCAUAAUGAUGAUUGGUGCGACGGGUACAGGUAAGACAUCAUUUGCUAACAAUCUAGUGGAAUCCAAUAUUUUUGCUCACGAAUAUAAUCAAAAUCUACAAGAUUAUCAAAUAUCACCAAAGAUUAAGAUUUCUUCGCCAACAAAAGUUGUCUCGUUCAACUCUAAGAAUGGUAUACCAAGUUAUAUGAAUGACUUUGAUCCGAACAGAGCUAAUUUAGAGUCCGGAAUAACCAUUACAUCUACUUCCCUAGAAAUUUCUACUGGAAACGAGACUGUUCCAGCGGUCGAGACUUCUCCUGUAAAGGGUCACAGAAGAUCUAAUUCUAUUAUGGAUGAAGAAGAAGAUACAAUUUUUUUGAAUUUAGUAAAUACACAUGGGAUUACUGAGAAUCUUGAUGAUACCUUAUGUUUCGAUGAGAUUACCUCUUAUUUAGAACAACAAUUCGAUAUUGUGUUAUCAGAGGAGACUAGAAUCAGAAGAAAUCCAAGAUUUGAGGAUACUAGAGUACACAUUGCUCUAUAUUUUAUUGAACCUUCCGGUCAUGGCCUAAAGGAGAUGGAUGUAGAAAUAAUGAAACGUGUAGCCCGCUAUACAAAUGUUCUUCCAAUUAUUUCCAAAGCCGAUUCAUUUACCAAAGAUGAAUUGAAACAGUUUAAGCAAAAUAUUAUGAACGACAUAGAGAGAUACAAUGUUCCUAUUUACAAAUUUGAAGUUGAUACAGAGGAGGACGAUUUGGAGGCCAUUGAAGAAAACCAAGCGUUGUCUGCGCUACAACCGUUCUCUAUUAUUUCAUCUGAUGAAAGAAAUAAGGAAGGUAAAUACAUCAGAUCCUAUCCAUGGGGUACUCUACAGAUAGAUGACGAUAAGAUCUCAGAUCUUCGAAUUUUAAAAAGUGUCAUGUUUGGCUCACAUCUUCAAGAAUUCAAGGAUACAACACAAAAUUUAUUAUAUGAAAAUUAUCGUACCGAUAAAUUAUCAAGUGUAACUAAAAAUGCGGAUCCUGAGGGACAAAUUAAAAAGGGUAAUAAAACCAUCGGUAAUAGAGAGAGUGCUGCACCAAGUUUGAGUAAUUUUGCGUCUUUGAUCAAUACUGGUCAUUUCAAAUCAUCUCAAUCAUUAGCUACAAAUUCCAAACUAGGUAAGAAUGAUCAAACUCAGCUACCAACUACACCACAAAUCAACAACAAUGAAAAUGGUAACGAUCGUUCUGAUACCAAUGAAUCGCCAAUAAAACAAAUGUCAGACGAUAUCAGAAAUGGAAAUGAAGAAAUUAUUAGAUCGAUAAAAAAAGAAGCACAAUCAAAUGAGACCGUAGAAAGAAACAAAUUAAGAAAUAUUUCUGAAACUGUUCCAUACGUUUUAAGACAUGAGAGAAUUAUUGCAAGACAACAGAAAUUGGAAGAAUUAGAAGCACAGUCCGCUAAGGAGUUACAAAAGAGAAUUCAGGAGCUAGAAAAGAAGGCGCAUGACUUAAAAUUGAGAGAAAGACUGAUAAAACAACAGGGACGUAAUCUUUCAUCAGCAUCUAUAACUUCCGAUAAUAAAAGCUUUGUUAGUACAAGAUCAAUGUCCCAAAGUCAAAUGAAGAAAAACGAUACAUUUACUGAUUUAGCCUCCAUAGUAUCAGGUAAAGAAUGA